UGUUUUAAUAAAGGAUCCUAAAUGCUCCUCCUUAUACCCACUGACCAAAGGUAGGGGAGGAAGAUGGCUAAUAGGACAAGGGUGUUGUGGACAUGUUUAGAGGUAGUUCUUUCAGAAGAAUCCAAUCUCCAUUAUCAGCAGUUGAGUCCACUACCAAAAUGCCAACCUGAGUCAGCAGUGGCAAUCUGGUCCAUGAAUCAGUAGUAGUGGUUCCAUCCAGAAGAAACCACAAGGCUCCCACACUUACAUUAUGUCCAGAAGAUGAAUACCAACAUGUGGUGAGAUGUGCCCUCCCAUGCUCCUAAAAUACACACUCCUGAUUCUGUGUAGAAAACAAUCUCUGCCCAACAUUAGCUCAGACUUUAAUCUGCUUCUGUGUGCUUCAGUACUUCACAGAGGAAAGCUGUUGCUGACAUCUUGCAGAAAGAAGUUGUCAGCAGCUGGCUUGGGCUGUGAAGGGAAGCCAAAGUGGCAAACAUGGCUCUGGCAGGCCUUGCCCUUCUCCUCCAUUCCCGCUGCCUCACUUAAAACAAGCAACAAACAAACAAAACCCUUUAGAUUACAUUCCUAAAACUAGCCACCAAGGUCUAUCCUGUUUAUUUGGCAACUUGCUCUUCCUGAGGUCAACUACCAAGGUCUAGUUAUCAAAGAAUUGAUGUCCAGCAAUCAAAGUCCCAUUUUGGAUCCCCUAAUGAACAUGCCAAUUAAGAGUAAACACCUCAUCCUAACACAGGGUUUCCCUGUUUGCCUUUGUAGGUUGCCAUUUGCCCAUGAGCCACAUGCGCCUCCUCUCUCUCCAGAGGGAAAUCUCUGUCCAGCUCAGGGUCAAAUACCCUUUCUCCUUCUCCCUUGUUCCCUUCCCCCCCUUGUCCAUCUAGUCCUGUGUCUGUCUUUUAUUCCCUGCCCUUUGGUUUUAUGGGACAAAUGAAUCUCUUUUGUGCUGAGAACUUGGUCUUGGGGGUCCUGAGCCAGCACCCUUUCGUCCUGUUCAUGAAGUCUGUCUCUGAGGAUGGAACCCCCCUGGUCCUAGUUACAGGUAAGUACAGUACAAGUGCACAUCACUGCCCACUGAUGACAAUAUGCUUCUGCCUACUCAGACUGUGGCAUCUUGAUAGUGCCCCCACACACCCUGAUUAUGGUUUAUUUAGUCCAUUGGCAGGUUAGAAUGGAUGGAGAAGCAGAACCUGUGGGAAAGGGGCUGAUGUCUCAAGGUUGUGUCUCUGAUAUUCUGGAGACAAAGUCAUCCCUUCCCCUACAACAGACAUCCUGUCACAUUCUUAGUGUUGUCUUGUCUAAGCCCUGAACAUAACUCCUCCUUGGUUUCAUUAUGAGAGUCACAACACAAUUCUAGGAGCUGAAGAACUGGAGUACAGCAGCUGACUUCAUCCUACCUGCAGCCCUGACUCAGGUUUCUGUGCUAACCUAUCUCAAGAUGAGGAGGGGAGAGAGGAGAGCAGACACCUUUGCCCCUGGAUAGCAAAUUGAGACCAGAAAAGACUGAACAGUUCCUCUGUUCACACAGGACAAGGGUCUGUGAAAAAACAAAUCUGCUCACUGCAGAACUAAGACACCCCUAUUUCUGUGAGAAGAACACCGGGGUCUGUUCUUUAGUUAAAAAGGAAUUCCUGACAGGCCAUCAUCCUGGGGUAAUCAAAGUAAGAUUCUGCCAGGAGAUAUAUGGGUUGCAAACUGCAGAGCUGCCCUGAGAGCACCAUGGCUCAACUUCCCUGCCCCUUGCACUGCGUUUUGAUGAGAAAUUUUCCUCCAUCUUCACUAGCUCCAAGAUACCAACAUUGCAUCCUUCUGUUUCCUGAACCUCCCAGCUUAGAGGAUUCCAUGGAGAGCUACCAGUGACCUUGCUCCAAGGGAAGAGGUGACCUCACAGGAGGGCCACUGGCAUCACUGCUCAGGAGCAGGAAUUUGUUCAUGACUUACGUUUUGUAGUCCAACUCCCCAACAAUGGUCAGCAGCAGCUGUGAAUGGAAGUCCAAGGAUCCAGCAGUUGCUCACUCCCACAAGGAAAGCAGGCAAAGAAAAGAGAGCCAAUGUUCCUCCUUCCAAUGUCCUUAUAUACAUCUGCUGCAGAAGGUGUAGCCCAGAUUAAAGGUGUGUGCCACCACACCCCUAUCUGGGACUUGCUUUGUCCCAGAUGACCUUAAACUCAGAGAGUUCCCUGUCAUAAUCUUCUGGAAUCAUAGCCACUAUGUCUCAAGAUCUCCAAGCCAAGAUCCAGGACAGAAACUUGUAUCUCUCAGCCUCCAGAUUAGGAUCACAGGUGAGCCUUCCAAUUCUGGAUUUGAGUUCAUUCCAGAUAUAGUCAAGUUGACAAUGAGGAGUAGCCACUAUAGUGAUAGAGUUAGAAUAUUUUCAUUUCUGCAUAAUUUAGUUCAAGGUUCUCCACAGGAACAGAACUGCUAGCAAGAAUCUUCACGCAUUAAAGGAGAUUUAACAGAGUGGCUAACCACCAGUGAUGUGGCCAGUCUAACAGUAGACACUUCCUGAAGGAAAGGCUGCUAACUUGGUCCAUGAGGCUCUGUCACAGAAGGCCUUCAGUGUACACUGGAAACCCUAAGAAGUGGGCUCUAAUAGCAGUGACAGAAUGCCUCAGCAGCAGAAAGGAUAAACUUGCCAGUGCAAAUGAGAGCAAGCAGGCAAAGAAUGCAAGUCUCCUUUCCAUGUGGGCUGCCACCAGAAGAUGUAGCCCAGAUCUAGGGUAGGUCUCUCAACCUCAGAUGACCCAAUGUAGAGAAAUGUCUCUCAGGUGUGCCCAGCUACGUGGGUUUCCCUUCAUUCCAGAUGGAGUCGAGUUGACCAACAAGAUGAGACGUCACUUGGGGUUUAUUAAAAGACAAAUCUACAACACUUACAUAUGUUGUGGUCCAGGAGUUGCCCCACAAACCACACCGUGCCCCAGUGUCAGUCAGCCAGGGAUAGAUUAUGGAGAAUUUGCCCCAGGACUGAUCAGUCACUGCCACAUACCACACUUGGGAGCCAACUAACUCUGAGCCAAAUUAGAACAGAUUUUGUACCCUGAAAUCCACAAAUCUCUGUGCCAAGUUAUGCCAACAAUUUGUAUUUAGAGAUAGGAGACUUCCUAAAGAACAUAUAUUUGUGGCAUGUUUAUCAUGACUUCAUUGAUUGGGUCAUUCAUCCAUGGCAGUGUGACUUGCCUUGCCUAUAGCAUUCAUGUCCCAACCAGGGUGUCAGUUACCCACGCACAUGGCACAACCAGGGAAGUCUGGACUCCAAGUUUAUUGUGGCUAACUCUAUAAAGCAGGUCUAAUUGAUCUCUGUUAUGAUUGGUUUCAAAGAACAAUAAAACAUAGAACAUAACAGACUUUGGCUUAACAGUUAACUCAGGCAUGAAAAUGUUCCUAGUGACAGCACAUGAGCCAGUUUCCUUGCAACAGUAGUAACAGUGUAUGAGCAACGUUCCUUGUAACAGCAUAAAAUGAAUGGCUAGACAGGCAAUAGAUACCCAGGCCAUAACAACUUAGUUUUUCCAUUCCCUUGUCUUUCAGAAGCUGCACCAUUAGGGAAAAUGACACCAAAAGAUUUUGGAGGGUGUGUGUUUUGUUUUGCUUUUCCAAGACAAGGUUCUCUGCAUAACAGCUGGGUAUAUUCUUGAUCUCACUUUGAAGAGUAGGCUGACCUGGAACUCAUGUGCAUGCCUCUGCCUCUGUAGACCAUGGUCUCCAGACACACACACACACACACACACACACACACACACACACACACACACACACACACACACAUUUUGGUAAGUUUAGCUUCAGCCUGUGAAAGACAACAUGUGCUAUUUGUUUUUCUGAACUCUGGAUUCUUUUCUCUGAACAACAAAUUGCAGUUGCACUAAUUUUAUUUUCUGAAAAUGUCAUGGUUUCAUUUUCCUUCAUAACUACAUAGAACCUUACUGUGUAUAUGUGCCAGAAGUUCUUUGCCAAUUCAUCUGUAUAUAAAUAUCUACACUGAAUUGAUUUCAUAGCGACCAUCAGUACAGCAGCUGUAACCACUGGUGUGCUUGCAUCUGUGUGGUCUGUUGACUAAUAGUCCUUCAGGUUGAAUUGAAUAGUGUACCUGGGAUAGUGAUCAACUUCUGAAGGAUAUGGAGCAACUUCUAACAGUACCAUCUACAUUUCCCAGGCAUGGGUCAGACUUCCCCUUAUACUCUCUCUCCAAAGGAGAAUCCCUAUUUGGCCUCCAGCAUUGGCACAAAUCUUCAAAAUUUCAAGAUGGAAACCAAAAUCCUGUCUCGGGAAUUAAAGGCCUUCAUUGAAUCAUCCCUAGAGAAUGGAAACCUUCAAGAAACAGUUUCUGCAAUCAGCAAAGCUCUGGGUGACAUUGAGAAAGCCCCACUGAACAUUGCAGUGAUGGGAGAGACUGGGGCUGGAAAGUCCAGUCUCAUCAAUGCUCUACAGAGAGUGGGGGCUGAUGAAGAAGGUGCAGCUGCUACUGGGGACAUAGUUACAACCACUGAGAGAACACCAUACCAAUAUGUAAAGUUUCCAAGUUUGACACUAUGGGACCUGCCUGGCAUUGGGUCUAUUGCUUUCCAAUCACAUGAUUAUCUGAAGAAAAUCAAAUUUGAGGAGUAUGACUUCUUAAUUUUUGUCUCUUCUGGAUGGCUGAAACGUGAUGACAUACAACUUAUCAAGGCCAUUGUGAAAAUGAAUAGGAGUUUCUAUUUUGUUAGAACCCAUAUAGAUCUUGAUCUAAGGGCUAUAGAAAGGACAUAUUCUAGGAGAUUCAAGAGAGAGAACACAUUAAAGCAGAUUCAAAAUUUCAUUUCAAGUAUACUUACAGAACUUACCCACCAGGAGCCUCCAGUCUUCUUGGUCUCUAACUUUCAUGUGUCUGACUUUGACUUCCCAGAGCUGGAAUCCACCCUUCUGAGUGAGCUCCCCACCUACAAACGCCACAUGUUCAUGCUCACUCUGCCAAUUGUUACAGAUUCCACCAUAGACCGGAAGAGGGAUAUGCUGAAACAAAAGAUCUCAAAGGAAUCCAGAAUGCCAAGAGCAUGGGCUACCAUACCAUUCAGGGGAUUGACCCAAAAUGACAUGGAGAUCUUGGAACAGACUUUGAAUGAAUGUAGAUCUUCCUUUGGCCUGGAUGAGGCAUCACUGGAAAACAUUGCUGAGGAUUUGAAUAUGACACUGGAGGAACUCAAAGCAAACAUUAAGUCUCCAAAUUUGCUCUCAGAUGAACCUGAUAUAUCCUUAACAGAUAAAAUAUUGAAGUACAUUAGAAAUCCUUACUUUUCAAAGUUUUCCCACUUGCAAAAUUACUUCAUUGACAUGGUUGCAAGUGAUGCUAAAAUUAUCCUUAGCAAAGAAGAGUUUUUAGGAAAGAAUGUGAGCUCAUUCAAUUCUAAUGUCUCUCCAUACUGGGAGGAGUAUGGAAAUACCUUUUUAUUUCACUUUGCUGAUGUGUUUCAAAGUGACUCUGAUGAAUUAUGUCAUAUCCAUUUUCUGCACCUGUUGACAUCCUGGGGUCUCUCUGGUUGAGACUGCUGUUACAUGAUGCACUCCUAAGGCUUUUCAUUGUAAAUCAUCUCAUGACUGUGGUGUCUAUUUGCUUUGUAUUUAAGAAGUAUUUCAGUCAGAUGGAGCGCUACUUGUCAGUUUGCUUUUGAUUUCUAUGCAUUGCAAACCCCAUGUGGGAAAAUCCGAUGACUUUUUCAUACCCAUUUAACUUUAAGAUCUUCAAUGACUCCAUCUUAUAGUAAGCUCUUUGGACAACUUAGGUUUUUUGUUUUGUUUUUGUUUUUGUUUUGUAUAGGGUGAAUGGCGAGGGACAAGGUUUAGUCUUGCCUGAUGUCCACAGUUUGCCCAGUUCCAUUCCUCAAACCAUGUGCCCUUUGUACCCUGUGAUCAUUUGGAAGCCUUGUUGAAAUAUUGACUGACAGUAGAUGCAUUCUGUUGGCUGCACGGUUAUUAAUAUAGUUCUGGAUAUGCCCUUCCUGUCAGUUUGUUGGUCUAUGGUCCUGUCUUCAUAGCACUAUUGGGCUGUUUUUUUCACUGUGGCUCUGUGUGAUUCCUUGAAAUCAGGUAUUACAAUGACUCCUAACACCACUGGAUUUGAUCAAUCUGGUUUGACUGUAGUCUUCUGUGUUCCCAUGUGAGUUUUGUCAUUCCACAGUCUAGUUCCAUUCUAAAUGGCAUUGAGGUUGUACUUGAGAUUACUUGAGUGUCUGUAGAUCACUAUGUGAAGUAUGAACAGUUCAAUAAUAUAAAUGUUUAUAAGCUAUAAAUACAGAAAUCUUAGAAUCUUUUGUCACCUUCUUUGACCUUUCUUUCAUCUCUGCUUUGGAGCAUCUGAAUUCCUUGGUUACUUAUUGAAACUUGAUUGCUUCCUUCCUUCCUUGUUUUCUAUCUUCCUAUGAUCUUACUCUGCCUUAUUAUCUUGUUUGUGUGUGUCUUAUGUCUACUGUUAAUGAACUUUUUUUAAAAAAACUAAUAAAAUUAUUUUAAAAUAUA